GUCCCUUUAAGAAACAGUCCAGGCUGGAGCUACAUGUUUUAUUCCUCGGCGCACCUUCUGCUCCAUCAUCAUCAGACGAUUCAUCCUGGCAACUUCUAACCGCUCCGAACCUGCAGCACAGAUGAUACAGCCUGAAAAACAACGGUCAGCGUCAUAGACAGCUGAUGGAUCCAGAGUGACCAUUAAAUCACCAUUCUGCACAGCUGGCCUGUCAUCCUCCGUCACUAUGGCAACCUGUCCCAGAGGCUGCACCCCAGCGGUGCGUCUUUGUCAGAAACUGAACCGGCUGAAGACACUGGAGGACGACAUGAUGGCCACAUCAUUGAAACGCUGCCUCUCCACCUUGGACUUGACUCUGAUGGGGGUCGGAGGCAUGGUGGGCUCUGGGCUCUACGUCCUAACUGGAACGGUGGCUAAAGACAUGGUCGGGCCUGCCGUCAUCAUAUCAUUCCUUUUCGCCGGGAUCGCCUCUCUUCUGGCUGCCUUUUGUUAUGCAGAGUUUGGAGCACGCAUCCCCAAAACAGGAUCUGCCUACAUGUUUACCUACGUCUCAGUGGGGGAGAUUUGGGCCUUCCUCAUUGGCUGGAAUGUGAUUCUGGAGAAUAUGAUUGGUGGUGCUGCAGUGGCACGUGCCUGGAGCGGUUACUUGGACUCCAUUUUUAACCACGCCAUCCAGAACUUCACCCAGACGCACAUAAUGCAGUGGAACGUGCCCUUCCUUGCACAUUACCCAGAUGUCCUUGCAGCAGGGAUCCUAAUAAUUGCCUCAUUCUUCAUUUCCUUUGGAGUUCAAGUGUCCUCUUACCUCAACCACAUCUUCUCCACCAUCAGCAUGGGUGUCAUCAUCUUCAUCCUCGUUUUUGGCUUUAUGCUGGCCGAACCAGCCAACUGGAGCCAAAAAGAAGGGGGUUUUGCUCCCUUUGGUUUAUCUGGAAUACUUGCAGGCUCGGCUACAUGCUUCUACGCAUUUGUGGGCUUUGACGUGAUAGCAUCCUCAAGCGAGGAGGCAAAGAACCCACAGAAAGCUGUUCCCAUUGCAACGGCGAUCUCACUUGGAUUGGCAGCAACAGCUUACAUCCUGGUGUCCACCGUGCUCACACUGAUGGUACCCUGGCAUACACUGGACCCAAACUCGGCGUUAGCAGAUGCUUUCUUUCGCCGGGGUUACAGCUGGGCUGGGAUUGUCGUGGCAGUUGGUUCCAUAUGUGCCAUGAACACCGUGCUGCUCUGUAAUCUCUUCUCCCUCCCUCGGAUCGUGUACGCCAUGGCUGAAGAUGGGCUGUUCUUCACUGUUUUUUCACGCGUCAACCCUGUCACCAAAGUUCCUGUCAUUGCUAUUCUGGUGUUUGGGUUUCUCAUGGCUACUAUGGCUCUCAUCUUUGACCUGGAGGCCUUGGUUCAGUUUCUGUCCAUUGGCACCCUCUUGGCCUACAGCUUUGUGGCAGCGAGUGUCAUAGUGCUGCGCUUCCAGCCUGAGAAAAGCAGCAACAAGGGAACAGCCUCGACAUCUCCUAACCCCAAUGCUGGCCCAUCUCCUGCACCGUCAGAGUCUCAGACCAUAGCCGAGGACAGUGGGGAGCUGAAGCAGUACGAGUCUUUCUCUGACAAACUCCAGCUGGUAGAGAGGCAGAAAAACAGGGAGCGGAGAGGAGUAGGGCAGCUGAAGGCGUACUGGGAGCCGUACCUGGGCAGGCUGUUGGGGGACUGUGAGCCGGGCGAGGUGGUGGCCUUCAGCGUGCUGACUCUGAUUGUCAGCUCAGUGUCUUUCUGUGCUGUGUUGGAAUUUGGAAACAAACAGCUGCAGCUGCCUGUGUGGAGUUUCACGAUGCUGCUGGUGAUCUUUAGCUUAGCUUUUGUUGUUAGCCUGGUGCUCAUUUGGAUCCAUGAGCCACAAACUGACAGCAAAACAUUCCAGGUUCCAUUGGUUCCACUGACUCCAGGUGUUAGUAUCCUGAUUAAUGUGUUCCUCAUGAUGAAGCUGAGUGCUCUGACCUGGGUUCGAUUCACAGUCUGGAUUGCCAUAGGUCUUUUUGUGUAUUUUGGCUACGGGAUCUGGCACAGUAAGGAGGGCAUGCGGGAGCUGCAGCCCAAAGACAUGGCCGCCAGAUACGUGGUGCUACCCAGCGGCAGCCUGGUAGAGACAGUGCAGUCGGUCCAGCCUGAGGGACAGGUAGACUCCUCGGCCCACCACACCAGCUCCCCCACUGCCCCGCCAGCUGAAGAUUUCACAGGGAAGAGAUGAUGUGUGACCAAACAAAGUCAUUACUACUGCCUGGUACCAUGUGUUGUCUCACACUCUUACGCUGUUCUAUUACUACUGUACUCUCUGUAUCUCACUCCCUUUAGCCUGUGAGCGGCCUGCCACAGUCUGUACUUGUUUCUCUGCAGAUGUUAGCACACCACAGGAUGGGAUGCACGCUCUCUGUCUCGUUGUGAAGCAUAUUUGUAUAUCUUGUAAUACUCGAAUGUACAGUAGAGAGCUUUAUUACUGUUCUGUAAAGCAUCAAAGUUGUGUUAUAUCCUUUAAGACUAGCUCUCUCCUCUGCAACUUUCACAAGAUUUCAGAAACCAUGAGGUCAGUUUUUUCUUUGUGACUACAGUUUUAGUUAAGCAUACUCAGUGGAGAACAUUUAAAGUAUUGAUGCAUAUCUGGAGCUGCAAGUCAGCAAUCACUUAUUUUAAAGAAAACCCAGUGCACUGUUUGAGUAUAUUAAGCAUGUGUUAGUUAAGCAGAGGAAUGCACAGACUUUCUGAGUUUACAUUUUUGCCUUCUUCUUUAAUUUUCCCGGUUUCUAACAAACUAUUUAACCCCAUAUUCUCAGAUAUGUAUUUAUUUUUCUAUUGAAACUAUUUUGCUUUUGUACAGCUUUGAUUUUUUCUUUGUUUUCUGUUGCUGCCACUGAUGGUUUUGUGUAUGUGUUCUAUAUGUUAUGUAACGACCUCCAUUAGACCCCAUCAGUAAUUUUGUUAACCUUUGAAGUAUCUGAACACCACUGCAGUUCUUCUCUUAAUCUCCUUAAUCUCAUCCCAUGACCUCUUACUUUUUGUGUCACUGAUUUCGCAGUCGUUUCUCACACUCAUUUUUACACUUUUGCCCAGCUGGAAUGAGAUUACACAAUUAAAGCACAUUAAUUAUUAAGCUUCUAUUUCACAGUCAUAUGACUGAUUUCCAGAGAUUACCUGAGAAAUUUUAAGAAUAUCUGAUAUACUCUGAUCACUUUAAGAUCUUGCUCUGCACAAAUAUUUAGUCAGCCAAUCACAAGACAGCAACUAAUACAUUUAGACAUGUAGACAAGAUCAAGACGAUCUUGACCUUGCAUCAGAAUGAGGAAGAAAGGAGAUUUUACCCCUUAGAAUUAUGGGUAAAAUGAGUCAAAAAGGCUAUCCAUAUUAACUUGAAUGCUGUAUUUGAGCCAUGAGUACAAGCACAAACAAGGUGUCAAGGCAUCAGACUCACGGUAGCUGCUACUAGUAUUGAGUUCUACAACAAAAAAACAAGGUAUGACUGUAGCUGGGAGGUAUUAGCUGGAAAACCCCUGUAGAUAACUGAAUGCUAUAACAAUAAUCUGCCAGCCUGCCUGUGGGCCCUUGGAUUUUUAAGGGGUUAAGUGACUUUUUUUAAGACUAAAUUUUGACCCUGUCAAUUGAAAGUUGCAGCAUUAACUGAGUCUCAGCAGACCAAGCAACAUUUCCCAAUCUUUUCAUCCUCCAAUUUUGGUGAUCCAAUUCAAAUUGUAGCAUAAGUUUCCAGUUCUUAGCUGAGAGGAGUCUUCUGCUGCAGUAACUCAUCUGCUUCUAUGUUUGACUGGUUUUGCAUCAGUUAUGCUUGUCUCAGGCCAUCAGAUGCCAUCAGCCAUGUCACUCUUAUUACCAUUCUGAUGCUCGAUUUUAACUUCAGCAGAUGACUUUGACCAUGUCUACAUGCUUAAAUGAAAUGGUUGCUGCCAUUUUAUUGGCUGAUUAGAAAUUUGCAUUAAAAUGCAGUUGAACAGUUGUACCUAAUAAAGUGAUCAGUGUGUAUAAGGCAAGCACAAACCUAUUAAAUGAAAUCAGGGUAGAAUAUAUUGGCAGGCCAGCAGAUAUUUGUUAUGCUAAACGGGGGAUGUGCUUCAUCUCUCUGAGGCCUCCGUAAUCCCUGCAGAUUUGCAGUGUUCACUGUCGCCAGUCUGCGGCCUGACCUAGAUUAAAAACAGCACACAUGUGAGACUGAUAACAUUCCUGCUGCCGGCACUCAAACAAAAGCUUCAUCCAGCAGCACAAUGCUUUAAUUUUACUACAAAGAUAAAUGUACCUUAAAGGAUCCCAUUGAUGUUUUUCUCGCUUAGUUUGCUUGUUUGCAUGUAUUGUAAGAAACCAAUGGCCUUAAACGUGAUGUCAUAGAUGCAGACUGAAUUCCAAAGUAAACAAUCCUAGUUAUUUCUUUAUUUUAUUCUGUUUAAUGCUAACUGUUACACAAGACUUUCAUGCUUUCUCGGUAUUGAACCAAAACACAGAGAAUUCACACAUUAGGAGGUGCUGGGGCAUGACAUGGAGUCAGGUUUACCAGGAUUUUGUACAACUUUGCACACUGAUGUCUGUUGAUUUUGUGUCACAGUUUUGCUUUUGUGACAAAUCUUGACCCUUGGGUGCUUUCUUUUAUUUUUAAGCUGAUCGCUGUCUCACCUCUUUCUCUCGUCUCUUUCUAUGCCAGGACGCACAGGCAUAAAUGAUCUUUUUUCUAACUUCUGAAUAUUACUGUACUCUCUACUUGCACAUUGUUAUCAAAUCUUUCUGUUAUGUUGUAUGUCUGUAUAAACAUGUAAAAGAUGUGUUACACAUGAAAUAAAUGUUUUG